ACUCAAUAGCACGGCCAUAGCGCGUUGUUGGCGUACUUAUUAUUUUUUGCAAAGAAGAAGAAGAAGAAUAGGCAGCAGCAGCAGUAGUGCAAGAGUUUUGUUGACACCAAAAAAGAAAAGAAAAAAAAACCCUUAAACAGACAGAGAACAACAAGAGCAAAAGCUGAAAACUAGGCGUGACGACACGAAAGCGUGCAAAGUUAAAGCUCUCUAGUGUUUUGAGACGAAAGUGAAAUUCGCAAAUCGGAGCAGCUAAUAAAUCAACAGCAAAUGAAUAGUCCUCGCACAAACGGCGCCAUCUCAGCGCUUCCCAGCACACUGGCACAAUUGGCGCUGCGCGACAAGCAGCAGGCGGCGUCAGCGUCGGCAUCGGCAUCAAAUGGCAGCGACUCAUCAAUAGCGACGCAGCGUCCACAGACGCAGCCACCCAGUGUGCCAGCGACGACAGCAGCAGCGGUAAAUAAAUUGCAGUUAGCGGAGGCAGCUGCCAGUGUGACCAGCUCCAAUGGUGACUCGAACAAGCUGACGCACGAUCUACAGGAGAAGGAAGCACAGCAGCAGCUGAAGCCACAGAAACCCCCGCUGCCAGUGCGUCAGAAGCCCAUGGAAAUCGCCGGCUACGUGGGCUUUGCCAAUCUGCCCAACCAGGUCUACCGCAAGGCGGUCAAGCGCGGCUUCGAGUUCACGCUGAUGGUGGUCGGUGCCAGUGGCUUGGGCAAGUCGACGCUCAUCAAUUCCAUGUUCCUCUCGGACAUAUACAAUGCGGAACAGUAUCCAGGACCCUCGCUUCGCAAGAAGAAGACGGUCGCAGUGGAGGCCACCAAGGUAAUGCUCAAGGAGAAUGGCGUCAAUCUAACGCUGACCGUCGUCGAUACGCCUGGCUUCGGCGAUGCCGUGGACAACAGCAACUGCUGGGUGCCCAUAUUGGAGUAUGUGGACAGCAAAUACGAGGAGUACUUGACGGCCGAGUCGCGUGUCUAUCGCAAGACAAUCUCCGACAAUCGAGUGCAUUGUUGCUUGUAUUUUAUAGCGCCAUCGGGUCAUGGUCUGCUGCCAUUGGACAUUGCCUGCAUGCAGAGUCUGUCGGACAAGGUGAACUUGGUGCCAGUCAUUGCCAAGGCGGACACCAUGACGCCCGAUGAGGUGCAUCUGUUUAAGAAGCAGAUACUCAAUGAGAUUGCUCAGCAUAAGAUUAAGAUUUAUGAUUUUCCCGCCACGCUCGAAGAUGCCGCCGAGGAGACGAAGGCCACACAGAAUCUGCGCAGCCGUGUGCCAUUUGCCGUUGUCGGUGCCAACACCAUCAUUGAGAUGGAUGGCAAGAAGGUGCGGGGGCGCCGCUAUCCUUGGGGUCUAGUGGAAGUCGAGAACUUGACGCAUUGCGACUUUAUCGCUUUAAGAAAUAUGGUCAUACGCACACAUCUGCAGGAUCUCAAGGAUGUGACGAACAAUGUGCAUUACGAGAAUUACCGAUGUCGCAAGUUAUCCGAGUUGGGACUGGUCGACGGCAAGGCGCGCCUGUCCAACAAGAAUCCGCUCACCCAGAUGGAGGAGGAGAAACGCGAACACGAGCUGAAGAUGAAGAAAAUGGAGGCCGAAAUGGAGCAAGUGUUUGACAUGAAGGUAAAGGAGAAGAUGCAGAAGCUCAAGGACUCCGAACUGGAGAUGGCGCGUCGUCAUGAGGAGCGCAAAAAGGCCCUAGAGCUGCAGAUACACGAGCUGGACGAGAAGCGGCGCGAGUUUGAGCGCGAGAAAAAGGAGUGGGAGGAUGUGAAUCAUGUGACGCUGGAGGAGCUCAAGCGGCGCAGCCUCGGCGCCAACAGCAGCUCCGACAAUGUUGAUGCCAAGAAGGAGAAGAAGAAGAAGGGUCUGUUCUAAGUCAAGCAGCGCUAGUUCGUGGUCCGGCGCAAUAUCCUCCUACUUAACAACAACAACAACAAAAUUUAAACACUACAAAUUAAGGGCUAAAAAUCUCGAGAACAAAAUAACAUAACGAAUUAUACAUAGCGGUACAUACCAUACUAUAAACAAAAUACAAAAUACAUACAUAUAUAUGCCAAUACAUAAAACAUAUGUUUGCAGGCCUCCAUUGUUUCUAGCUUUUAAUCCCAAUUCAAAAGAUUUCGUAGCCUUUCGCUUUGUGAAAAGCAUCGAAACCGCAAUACAAUGUGUAGAACCUAGAACCUUAGAGAGGCCCUAUAUAUGCAUAUGUAAUGUAUAUGUAUUGUUUGGGUUCCAGUCGCGUUUACUUGGACAUACACUCGGCUUUCGCACAGCACAGCAAUCGCGCAUUUGUUUUUUAGAUGCAUACAUAUUUAACAGUUAUUAUUAUUGCAGUAUUUUUACCAAAACAUAAAGAGAAGCGCAUCAAAAUACCGAAAAACUUAUUAAUUAAAAAGAUAACUUGACGUAACAUUUUGACUAGCCUAAAUGAAUUGAAAAGUAACCUAAAUUGUAUUUCAAAAUACUUAAAUAUCGCUUAAAUAACAAAUAAUAAUAAAAACAAAAAACAGAUAAA